AUCAACUCGCGCGGCGGCCGCUCCCGCAGCCGCGGCCGCUGCCACUGCCCGGAGCUCCAUGGGCUUCUCCUGCGCGCCGCCCGGUGUCUGGCCGAGUCCAGCGAGCCGCGGCGCCUGGUGCCAGGGAGCUAUCACCGCAGCCCGGGGCCGGGUCCCAGGUUGGGGGCUGCGGGAGGAGGCGGCGGCGGCGGCAGCAGGAGCCCCACGGGGGGCCUGGGACUGGGGAACUGCCUCCGGCUUCACGAUGCCAGUAUGGACAGAAUAGCUUAUGAUGCUUAUCCCCACCCACCACUUCCGAGACAUUGAGCGGAAACCAGAAUACCUCCAGCCGGAGAAGUGUGUCCCACCACCCUACCCUGGUCCUGUGGGAACCAUGUGGUUUAUCCGUGAUGGCUGUGGCAUCGCCUGUGCCAUUGUCACCUGGUUUCUGGUCCUCUAUGCGGAGUUUGUGGUCCUCUUUGUCAUGCUGAUUCCAUCCCGAGACUACGUGUACAGCAUCAUCAACGGAUUUGUGUUCAACCUGCUGGCCUUCUUGGCCCUGGCUUCCCACUGCCGGGCCAUGCUGACGGAUCCCGGGGCAGUGCCCAAAGGAAAUGCCACGAAAGAGUUCAUCGAGAGUUUACAGCUGAAGCCAGGGCAGGUGGUGUACAAGUGUCCCAAGUGCUGCAGCAUCAAGCCCGACCGAGCCCACCACUGCAGUGUUUGUAAGCGGUGCAUUCGCAAGAUGGACCACCACUGUCCCUGGGUUAAUAACUGUGUCGGCGAGAACAACCAGAAGUACUUCGUCCUGUUUACAAUGUACAUAGCUCUCAUUUCCUUGCACGCCCUCAUCAUGGUGGGAUUCCACUUCCUGCAUUGCUUUGAAGAAGAUUGGACAAAUCUCCUGCAAGCCUAUGGACUGAACAGGGAAGAAACAGCAGAGGCCCGAAACUCUCUUCAUGCAAAAACGCAGUCCCUUAAAGUCAGUACAACAGAGUGCAGCUCCUUCUCUCCACCCACCACGGUCAUCCUCCUCAUCCUGCUGUGCUUUGAGGGGCUGCUCUUCCUCAUUUUCACAUCAGUGAUGUUUGGGACCCAGGUGCACUCCAUCUGCACGGAUGAGACGGGAAUAGAACAAUUGAAAAAGGAAGAGAGAAGAUGGGCUAAAAAAACAAAAUGGAUGAACAUGAAAGCCGUUUUUGGCCAUCCCUUCUCUCUAGGCUGGGCCAGCCCCUUUGCCACGCCAGACCAAGGGAAGGCAGACCCGUACCAGUAUGUGGUCUGAAGGACCCUGACCAGCAUUGCCACUCAGACACAAACCACAUCACAGCACUACCGUCCAGUCUGUUCACAUGAAUGUUUAAACAGAAAAAGCAAAACAACUACUCUUAAAACUUUUUUUAUGUCUCAAGUAAAAUGGCUGAGCAUUACAGAGAAAAAAAAGCCCCAUGUUUUAUUUUUUAAAAAUCAUCUUUCAAUUUUUUUGGUGACCGAAGCUACUCUUUUUUUUUUUCUUUUAAAAUCACUUCUCUGGCCUCUGGUUUCCUCUCUGCUGUCUGUCUGGCAUGACUAAUGUGGAGGGUGCAGUCUCCCAGCUGUGCCCACUUCUACUAACUGAGACGUGAUGCGCGUGGAUGGACCAGUCUGGACGCCUGGUGGGGGAUGCGUAGGAAAACCAGGAAGGGCCUGACCUCCCACUGCCCCGGAGGCCGUGGCAGGCCCCCCAGUGUGACUUAAAACCUCACUGAAGAUGGAUGCUUAUCCUCUGAAGCCCAGGAGGGGCAGGAUCAGGGCAGGAGCCUUCGCAAGGGCACUUUGCACAGUGGCCUCCGCCCCUAAGUGGACACAGUUUGCCUCCUAAUUCACAAAAUCAAUUGCCUGCCUUGUACUUUAUGGGCUUGGGGUGUAGAAUGAUUUGGGGGGUGCUGGGAGAGAGAUAAAAGGGGUCUUAUUUGUAUUGGAAUCAGCAAUUAUAUUCCCUCUGAUUAUUUGGAAGUGUGUGACAAAAGAAGUUUUUGCAGUUCAAAAUGCCUUAUACAAUCAAAGAGAAAAAAAAUCAUGCAAUUUCAGGCAAGCUACAUUUUCCUUUGUUACAUCUACUACUUCUUACCGUCCCACCUCCCUUCCCCAGCAAGAUUUCAGUUAAGUAGUGUGAAUUCUGAGGGUAACAGAAUUAACAGGCCUCGAUGCCCAACACCUAUGGCCCUGUCAUCUACCCCCUUCUCAGUUUGUAACCCUCCAAAAUGGGGUCACUUUCUGAUAUUUAAGACCCAUAAAUGUACACAUACUCAUGUCUUAAUCUGUAUCUUAACCUGGGAGGCUGUUGUCCUAGCAUAGGGUUGACCCUGAUGCUGGGGUAACGUUACAGCCCCCAACCCUUUUGACAGGUGGCCGUCCCACUCACUAGAAUUGUCAAUACACCUGAGCCUGCCACACUGAGGGGAACAGGCUUUCCGCUUGGGAGGUGAUCCCUGUGUUGGUCUUUGAAAGAGGUGGUGGAGACAGGGAGAGGAGGGAGGCAGGAAGUGCCUUUCCCUGCAAAGAUAACAGAUCCCCAUACUGAUCAUCUGUCACCUCUCACACAUUGUUUUUUAAACAAUUGCCACAAACCCCCUUUUUUAGCUUUUGCUUGGGAUGGGGUUGGGGGAUAAUACAUUCAAUCUGGUCCUGGGUAGGGAGAAAGUUGAUCUAGCCAUGUGAUUUUUUUUCAGAAAAGUGGAACAUGCUGCCUCUUCAAUUCUGUCAGUGCUUCCACAUGGAAACAAAAUGCAAUAAAGUUUUUCCAAAGCUG